GGAGGGACAGUGGGCGCGACGUCCCCGGGCGGAGGAGGAGGAGGAGGAGAGGGCGCCAUGGCCCCGCGCGGGCGCUGCCGGUGGGCGCUGCUGCUGGCCUGGCUGCCGGCCGGCUGCCUCUCUCUCCUGGUGACAGUGCAGGAUGUUGAGCGUUACACCACCUUAUUUGCCACUGUCAUCCUCAAGUGUGACUACAGCACCUCGGCACAGCUGCAGGACGUGGUGGUGACCUGGCGCUUCAAAUCCUUCUGCAAGGACCCCAUCUUUGACUACUACUCAGCCUCAUACCAGGCUGGUUUAGCCCUUGGCCAGGACCCCUCUAACGACUGCAAUGACAGCCAGCGGAAGGUGCGCAUUGUCAUCCAGAAAUUUGGGCAGAAGGACCCUGUGCUGGGCAUCGACUACCAGCAGCGAAAGAUCACCAUUCAGAACCGAGCAGAUCUUGUCAUCAGUGAGGUCAUGUGGUGGGACCACGGCAUGUACUACUGCACUGUGGAAGCACCAGGAGAUACCUCAGGUGAUGCAGACAAAGAAGUUAAGCUGAUUGUUCUCCACUGGCUCACAGUACUCCUCAUCAUUCUUGGUGGCCUUCUCCUCCUUCUGCUGAUUGGGAUAUGCUGGUGCCAGUGCUGCCCCCAGUAUUGCUGCUGCCACAUCCAGUGUGGCUGCUGUCCAACACGGUGCUGCUGUAAUCAGAAAGUACUGGAACGGCACCAGUUCAUGAAGCGGGCUCAGGCACUUGCGCCUUGGUUAUCACCCAACAUGUUCUACGGAGCUGGUGACAGGAACUCAAAACUUUCCUCUUACCAGCUGAACCCUCUGCUGCAACAAGAUGUAUCUCUACAGAACAGUCUUGCACUGGUGCAGCCACAAGCCCAGCUUUCCCAUAAGAGUGGUGUUCUGGACUAUCUGGAGUCUGAAAUCCAAAACCUGAAUGUGUCCCAGCCACGGGCACCCCCCCACCAGCGGCAGGCUGUGCAGCCCAGCUUGCUGUCCUCGCUGGGCUCUGACAUCCUGCCACCUCCUCUUACCGACCACAUCUCCUCCAUCCAUGGCAGCAGCAGCUCCUCACGGCCACAAAGAGCUGCCCGCACCCCCAGGCCCUGGGACUCUGCAGCAGAGGACAGAAGGGAAAACCGGAGGUGGCCCUUGCCUUCCAGUGGGGAUUCUCAUUCCAGCUACAGCCAGGAGCCCUGGGACAGGCAGAGAGAGGAUCAUCCUCAGAGGCAGAGGACAGGUGGCUACAAUGGCAGGCCCCAGCACUCCAGACGGGAUGUGUCACCCCCACGCCAGGCUGAGAGGGGCAAGAACAGCAGCAGCUUCUAUCCAGAGGAGACCAAGGAGCGCUCCAGCCACCAUCGUGGUGGGAGGCAGGAGCCCGGGGGAAGGCGAGAAUAUGAGCACCAUGCUGGGAGGAGCAAUUACUCUGGCCAGAGGCGGCAUAGCUACUCCCCCCCCUCUUCUCGCAGGGGCUCGUGGAGCUCCUCAGAGGAGCAGGUCCGUGUCCCGGUGUCAAACCGCAGGCGGAGGAACCGCAGGUCCCGGGAGUGGCCAGAAGAGAAACCCCCCAGUUAUCGCUCCUUAGAAAUCAUCCCAGCUCAGGACAAGAAGCACAAAAGCAGUGCAGGGACCCGCUCGGACAGAGGAAGUUCCUACAGUGGAAGAAGCAUAGUCAUUUAAUGUCAAUACUGGAAGAACUGCGAUUCUCACUGGACUCCUCCUAGUUUUUCUACUGUUUAGGCUGGGAUGGCUGCUUUUGAUUGAACAGACAAACAGCAAUAAAACAGAUGAAGCAGCUUCCCCUUAGGCUUACAACUCUGAAGAAUAUUUGUCUAGUGCCAUGAAAGCCAUACAUAACCUAUUUUUAUUGCUGUGAUUUGGAAACUUAGGUUGGGCUAAGUUCUAAUGGGCUGAGGUUUGUUGAAAACAUUCUAGUAGAAACAGCAGAUUUUUUUCACUGAACAGUGUAUUCCCAGUCUUUAAAGAGAGAUACCAGUUCUCUCUGUUAAGUGUCAUGGCACUGCAGGGAGCCCAGUCUGUAGAAUGCUGGUGCUUUGCCCACCAGUUACCGGAGGAAGGUUCCAAUGUUCACGGAGUUGUAAAGUCACAAGACAGUAGAAUAAUUUAGAUUGGAAGAGGCCUCUGGAGGUCAUCUGAUCCAGUGCCCUGGGAGCUUUGUGGAGGGAGGCACAACAUCUUUCUAAGGCCCUUUGUUGUGCCUCAGAAUGUGUAAUGUUUGUUGCUUCUGCCUGGCUGCUCAGCAUAGCUGGGACAGUUGUGUCCUUUUGUCCCCACUAAGCCUCUCUCCCAAACAGGAGGAUCACAGUGUUGGAAGAAUGUUGAGUGCCUUAAUAAGGUCUCACUGGCAUGUCUGCAAAUUGCCAGCUUAUCUGCUCUUUACUGACUGAAAGAACCUGUUCUACUUUGAGCCUAGACCUUAGUGCCUUAAAAGAUACUUGUUCUAGCCUUUCAUCCAGACUUGAAUUUAUUUGUAAACUUAAAUUUAUCAAGGUUUGUCCUUCCCUACAAGGACUGAGCAAAGUAUGACUACUCUUCUUUAUACCAUGGACCAGAAUUUCCUUCAGCUCAAGUAAGCCUGGUUUUGGUGAAUAUAUCUUGCCUAAGCCAUGUACUUUUAUAUUAUUUUAUAUUCUCCCUUUCCUCUCCAUGCCAUGUAUCAUAUACAGAGGGUGGGAUAAAGGGCUCUGGGGAAGUCUUAUAGUCACCAUUUUUACUUGAUCUUUACCCUGCAUGUGUGGUGCAUCUGAUCUGGAGCUGGAUUGUAGGAUUUCCUCAGUUCUCACCCUGACACUAGAAUACAGAAUUUCUCCAUGCUUUGAGUCCAGUUGUGAAGGAGAACUUGUCAUUUCUCCUUGAUGAGAUUAAUCCACUGUUUUAAUUUAAAAUGUGCUGGAGAAAGAGAAGUUCUGUGGAUGCUGGCUGCUUCCACGAGAAGCUGUCUUGCCAGAGGCACUUCUUGGAUUUAAGAGACUCUGUGGUUGGCAAGGAGCUUUUGGAGAAUCUUGUGAAUUUUUUUGUAACCCAGAGGCACUGGAGAUUGGCCAGUACCAAUGACUGUCUUGCCUAGCUUAUUUCCUAGCCUGUCCCACAUGGCUUGCUACUUGCUACUGUUACACUUGCUACUGUUUGGUUUUUAAUGUCCUGAUUACUGAUGUGCUUAUGCUUUUCCCUGGAGAACGUGGAGAGACUUUCACUUUCUCCACCUCUUUUUUUUGUUUUGUUUUGUUUUGUUUUUGUUUUUUUGUUUUGUUUUGUUUUUUCCUCUGGACAAUGAUGGGAAACAUCACACUUUGAACAAGUGGUUCUAGCUUCCAGUGUAGUUGCUGAUCAAACGAGGGCUAGUCAGAGUGCUCAUCUUCCUACGGUUUCUUGGCUGAACAUGCUUAUUUGUAAUUCCUGCCUAUGGAGAUAAAGUAGGAGGACCAAGGACCUUCUCUGGUUGACUUUGUAUCAGCACUGGAGGCUUACUUUUUGAAGACAGAGGAUCUCUUUCUUACUGUUGAUGGCUAUCACAAAAAUUUAAAAAAAAAAGAGCUAAAAGACUGACUCCAAUGUUUGAAUUCAAGAAAGGAGGGCUGUAAUUAGCAUUGUGCUUGUCUGCAUUAGGCCCAGACUGAACAAUGUGAAUUGACCCAUGAGUCACAUUUGAAAUAUAGGGGGAUUGUGUUUGCAGAACUUGCAAAGCUGGGAUCACUCUUGAAUCUAUCAGCCACGGUCUGUGGAUCAUUUUUUUCUAAUUUUAUAACAUGCUUAGGAUUUUAUGAACCACCUUUUUGUAUGAUGGACUAUUUUUAUUAGUUAAGAAGCAUUUAUGAUGACUGCAGUGACAGAAAAUUAUAUGGGGCUGCUUCUUCCAAAACUAGCAACCAGUUUACAUAUUAUUAGAUAUUUACCUUCUGCUGACUUUUAGCAGAUUGCCAGGGCCCUGCAGAUUCUACCCUUGGAAGCUGAAUUGGUAACUUGGAAUUUGACUCUUUCCUUGUGCCUCCAAUAGGUUCAUACAUUAUACAAGACAACUUUUUCCUGUCCAGCCCAAAUGUCCAGGCUUCAGGAAAGGGCUGCCUCUUUCUCCAUCAAAGAGUAGAGACUAUUUGAGACACACAGUGACAUUCCAAGAUAGCUGCAUGGAAGGAGUUCACUUUGCGUCACAUUCAAAUGUGUACAAGCCAACACGUAUCCAGCAAGUUUUCCCAAGAGUAAGAAGCCACUCACACUGCAAGAAAACCAAGAUGACUCUCUCUGUAACAGGAGUAGGUGUUGGAGCUGCUGGAGUAUGAGCAUGCCAACAGCAGAGGUGGUGCUUUUUUAUAUCCAUCCUAUGAAGGAGCCCUCCAUCUUUCUUUGUUCCUGUAGUCCCCAUAAUUGAGCUAGGGUGACUAAUUGUAGAUUUGUGAACACAAUUCACAAAUUGUGAGGUCUGAAGGGUUUUAUCUAUAUCAUACUUGAUUUCCUCUUCAGUGACUUUGUUCAUGUUUAUAGAAACAUUAAACAAAAUUCUUCAGGGAAAAUUGAUUGUAUCUCCGUGUUAAUUCUGUAACUUCUUAAAUUGUGACAGAAGCAGAUUGGGUGAUCCAGCAGGGAAGCAGAAAUGAUACCAGGCUUACUGGUCUGCAGACCACUGUGGUUCAUAAAGCACCAGUUGGUGGGCUGUGAAAUAACGACAGAGGAAAUCUAUCUUUUUGUGCUUUACAACUGCAAGCAGACAGAAAAGGGGGAAGGAAAUAGGCUCUGCCUUAGAUGCUUAUUUCUGAUUUUAAUUGGCUAUAAAUGAAACCCAUUGUGGCAGCAUUGUACAAUACAACGUGGACCCUUUUCCUGUAAGAUCACAGGGUCUUUGACUUUUUAAGAGAGAGAGUGAACAGCUCCAAUACAACACACUGAAAGAAAUAACAGUAGGAAAUAUCCUAGCCCCAUUCUUUUUACAUUGCAAUUUAUUCAUGCUUAAUUUUUUAGCCAUUCCAAAGAGCUGAUUUUCAUAUCUCAGCCCAUUUGUGAUGGAAAAAGUUGAAUAUUUCACAUAUGGAAGGUAUUGCUAUUCUAGAUUUUUGUUCUUCCGUUCAUGCCGGAAGAACAAGGAAAAUACCUUACCCCCAAGGAAUGAAUCUUUUGUCGCAGAUAAAGCGCUUUCACAGCCACCGGUGUUACCGUGAUGUAAAAUAAUGUAAUGAGUAAGUGACCAUGCCACGCAGGGCCAGAUAAGGUCACCCAUGCUACAGUCAGCUGCUUUCUACCUCAGACCAGAGAUGCAUAAGAGAGAUAAAGAAUCGUGUUUUUGUUCUUUGGUUAAGAAAGUACUUGCAAUAUCUGGGUUUCUUGCUUAUUUGCAGAGCGCCCUGCCAUUCUGGAAUGCCAUUCCAGGAAUGGGGAGCGAGGGCUGCUUCUGUGCAAUCAUUGAUCUGCGGUCUUGGCAAGUGCCUGUUUGGCACUAGAAAGUGCUGAAACGCCCAGCUGCUAUCUCUGGGAUUGUAUUCAUGAUAGCACUGCCUAAAGUUAGGCUGACUUCAGGACUGGGAACUUGCCUUGUGUGAUAACAGCUGCAAUGCAAAGCUCUAGCAGUAUGAAUUGCCACACAGGGCAGCUAAGUCCCUUCUGUUACUACCUCCUGCAGCACAUCAGUUUAAAACACCAUCUUAGAGCCUCCCAUUUGUUGACCUGACAUAAGAAAGAAAUGACACUUGAGGUUAUCUUAAAUUAACCCCUCCAAGUAAUGACUGUUCAUUCCUGUUUCUGCUAAGUUUAAUGCCUGUGAUGUGCCUUGUGCUGGUCUUCUGAAUGUUAUUCCAGCUGUAAAAGAAGAUGAUGCAUGUGUAGAUUCUCUUCAAUGACUGUCUAAUGUAUAAUUGAAAUAUAAGAGAACUUUCAA